GAACGAUCUGGAGGCAUGCUGCUUUAAGACACCAGCUGGUGUUUUCUGCAUUUUCACAAUUAGACGAUUGAAGUGAAAAGUACGUUUUUCAUUUCUGAUAUUUCUACGUGGUACUCGUAUUUAGUGUAAAAUAAAGGAUAUUUAGAGUUUUCAAGAUUAUCCAAAGGGACAAUGCAUUUUCCGAUUUUUUCUACGCUAACGGUAUUGGCCUUCAUCACUGGCAAAGUGGAUUUAAAACUUGUCGACUUAACUCACAUUCUUGGUCCAAGCCCACCCAACUGGCCAGGCGAUCCACCUUAUAUCUUCACAAUUUUGUACCGACAACAAUUCGAUGAUUAUUGGUAUGAAUUAAAUAAAUUUGAAACAGUGGAGCAUAUAGGGACACAUCUGGACGCACCAGCACAUUUUUCCGAAGGAUCUAAGAGGGUACACGAAAUUCCAAUGGAGAAGUUAGCAGGACCGGGAGUUAUCAUCAAUGUUAAAGCGAAGGUAGCCGAGAAUCUGGAUUACCAAGUUUCCAAGGAUGACUUAGAAGCCUGGGAAUCGAAACACAACAAAACAAUUCCAAAUGGGUCAGUUGUAAUAAUGAACUCUGGAUGGUCUUCAAAAUUUCCAAACGCCUCUCUUUUAUUUGGAACGGAAACUCCAGAUAAUGCAAGCACCUUUCAUUUUCCUGGCUGGAAAAAAGAGAGUGUUGACUGGUUGAUUACAGAACGCUUUGUUAAUGCGAUCGGUGUAGACACGCCUUCAACUGACUUCGGUCAAUCGGCUACUUUUCCUGUACACCAGCGUCUCGGAAAAGGAAAUGUUCCGGGAGUUGAGUUGGUCGCGAAUUUAGACUCAAUCCCGGAAUAUGGAUCUACGAUCUAUGUAGCGGUUAUAAGAAUAUACGAAGGCAGUGGAGGACCAGCAAGAGUUUUUGCGACAUUCCAAGAAAAUGAAGACGACGACGAGGAUAGCGAAAGUGAAUCAGAUAGCGAGACUAGCGAGGAAAGUGUUUCAGAAUAGAUGUACUGAAAUAUGUUGUAUCUCAGUUGUGUGUACAUUUUCUGUAAAUAGACUAGGUUUUACUUUGGCGUGUACAGGCGGGGUUCGAGUGAUAUGUUUCGGGUUACAUUUGUUAUGAAUGAUAACAUAUUUUCCCUCUGACUACAUGUAUAUAUAUAAAUAAACUACUAGUAAAUCAGCACGUUGCUGUGACAGAUGGCUACAAAUGCACACUGCUAAUAAUUCAACGACAAUUUCCAAAUGAUUAGGUAUCCCGCUAGCCAAUUCGGCUGUAAACUGCAGCUGAAUGCGAAUAUUUCAUUCCGUAAUACCGAAAUCACAUGCGGGGAAACACGUGAUUUGCCGAAGAUUCACUACCAUCAUAGAUCUCGAAAUAUAUUAUAAUAGCUCCUUAGCUUUAUUAAUUGUAACCAAGGCUAUAAAGUUGCAGAAUGGUAACAGCGUCAACACUUAUUUACCUGUGUCAUAUACUCAAUAUUCUGCACUGAAGUCCUAUGAUAGUUUCUGACCUUGAAGCUAAUGAAUCACAGGUGCUGUAGUACUUUCCAAAAGGAAACUUGAUGCUAAUUCAAGCAAAUAAAAGGGUGUCAUUUAAA